UUUUCCUUCCACAAACUAGAAAGAAGCGUUCCCACAUCAUGGACAUGUGGACACUGGUGCUGCUGUUUGCUCAGCUCUGGUUCUGCUCUGGGUAUGAAGGGUCAGGACAGUACGCUUACGGAGAUGAUGAGGACUGGUAUUCACGUAGAUAUAAAGGGGCUCCGUGGUGUGCACCCAUUAAGCUGAAGCACGGUGACGUGAGCUGUCGCACACCCAGAGGGGAGCACAGCAGCAAUGUGAUGGGAACUCGUUGUAAAAUCCGUUGUAAACGAGGAUAUGAAUCCCAGAACUCGGAGGUGGUGUGCAUGGCAAGCAAACACUGGUCGUCUAACUAUGCUUGCAGAGAGAUCCGCUGCCCAAAGCUCGACAUGCCCAUUAACGGUGGCUACAAGUGUACAGAUGGCUCCUACUUCAACUCCCGCUGCGAGUUCUUCUGCUCUCCUGGUUACACCCUGAAGGGCCAGAAGACAACAGUCUGCCAGGACAGCAAGGUGUGGAGCGCAGCAGGCCCCAUAUGUGUUGAUUUAGAGCCCCCUAAAAUCAAGUGUCCCAAUCUAAAGGAUAAGUGGGCCGAACCAGGGAAGUUGACAGCGAGGGUGACGUGGGACACACCUGAGGGCAUCGACACGGCGGACGGGAUCCUGACAGAUGUUAUCCUGAAAGGACCACCUUCAAAAUCUUACUUCCCAGAGGGACUCCACAAGAUGUCCUACACUGUGUUUGACCGAGCGGGGAACAAAGGGUCCUGCCGCUUCUCUGUCAGAGUUCGAGUACGCCGCUGCAGCCCGCUGUUUCCCCCGGACAACGGUUACAUGAAGUGCGACAGUGAUGGAGACAACUACGGCGCCUCGUGUGAGUUCACCUGCAGCGGGGGCCACGAGCUGCAGGGCAGUCCUGCCAGAGUCUGUCAAUAUGGACUCACCUGGGCCGGCUCAGACACAGUAUGUGCACCCAUGAACAUUAAUGUGGGAGUGCGCACAGCUGCUGCGCUGCUGGACCAGUUCUACGAGAAGCGACGACUCCUGAUUAUCUCAGCGCCAACGGCUGCCAAUCACAAUUACCGCUUCCAGAUGACUAACCUCCAGCACGCUCAGUGUGGACUGGACCUGAGACAUGUGACAGUUAUUGAGCUGGUUGGGACUUACCCGGUUCAAGUUGGACGGAUCCGGCACCGGCUUCUCCCACCAGGACUGGCCCUUCAGCUCAGGUUACUGCUCCGGAUCCCUCAGAGAUCUUUUCAAAUGGUGCUGGUAGACAAACAGGGCCUGGACAAGCAGCGCUACCCGUUCCCCAUCACAGCGGCUGAAUUAUUUACCACCAUCGACACCUUUCCCCUCCGUAAAGAUGAAAUGGAGUUACAGCAGGGGGCGGGACAGACCUGUCAAUCAUAAAACUCCCCUAAAGAGAAAUGUCAGCCAUUUUUUAACCUUUUCCCUCAUCACAAAACAGACAAUUCGGCUCAGAUCAUCUGUUUCCAUCCAUGUCACACACUUCUCUUUUAACUCAGUCUGUCCUCCAUCCUCUGUGUGUGUGUGUGUGUGCAUGUGCUUGUUUAUGUUACUUUGUGAGGACCAUUUAUGAACACAUACUACAUUGUGAGGACCAAACCCUGGUCCUCAUAAGGCUCAAGUGCCGUUGGUGGGUUAGGUUUAGGGUAAGGAUAAGGAUUAGGCUAUAGAAAUGAAUGGAAGUCUAUGCAAAGUCCCCAUAAAGACAAGGCAAGACAAACCUGUGUGUGCGUGUGUGUGUGGGGGUGUGUGUGCGCCCAUGUGUGUCAUCAAGUGUUUGCAUGCCAGUCAUGGCGCAGAUGUGAGGCUGCUUAAAAUGGAUCACACAAUACAG